GUCGUCAAUGCUGAAGAGUAGUGACUGCAUAUUUGAUGGAUUCCUCGACCCUCAACUAUUUGCAAUGUUUUUGGUACUGUGAUCCGAUUAACUAGACAUCUUAUCGCUCCCUGUACACUUCUAAACAUUGAUAAGUUCAUGUUCCUGAAAAAAUAUUGAAUGUACGGAUAUAUCAUCUUCAACCUUAACUAAUAUCUUGUGAUUGUCAGUGUGGCGAAUUCUCAUAAAUAACACCAGACGAAAAUUCUAUUUUCCGUGCUUAUCACGAAAAAUCCUUUACUAAAAAGUAAUCCAUCCUAAAACACGAAAUUUGUGCAGACUCCGAUUUGGCUGUGUCCUCUUUAUCGCUAUAUACCGACUGCCGAGAGCCGAGUGCCCCGUUCAACCGAAAGAAAGGUUAGGUCUUGCCGUCUCGACAUUGACGGGGAUGCUCAGCGGAUUUGAAGUGAUGUGUAUCAGAGAAAUUUUUAGAUACUAUCACUAUCAGUAGUAUCAGCUGGCUUCUGGCCGGUGCGGAUUGAAUUUUUCAGUGUUUUGUAAAUAACAAAACUUGCUAAGUAGUUACGUAAUAUUAAUAUUUUUUAUUUAGUCAGCCAAUAAUUCAUACAAAAUGUUGCGAAACAUUCGCAAUUUGGUACAGCUAAACAGUUCCAUAAAAAAAUCUUGUACUAGAUCUCUAAAUUUAGUUCCUAUUGUCGUUGAACAAACUGGAAGAGGAGAGAGAGCUUAUGACAUUUACUCAAGAUUGCUCAAAGAAAGGAUCAUAUGCUUGAUGGGUCCGAUAACAGACGACAUAUCAUCACUGGUUGUAGCACAACUGCUCUUCUUGCAGUCGGAGAGCAGUAAAAAGCCUAUUCACCUGUACAUAAAUUCCCCAGGGGGAGUUGUGACAGCUGGUCUGGGUAUUUACGACACAAUGCAGUAUGUGCUUCCACCAGUUGCAACCUGGUGUGUAGGACAGGCAUGUUCGAUGGCCAGUUUGCUGCUGGCAGCAGGUGCUCCUGGGAUGCGUCAUGCACUGCCAAAUGCUAGAAUAAUGAUCCACCAACCAUCUGGUGGUGUUCAAGGUCAGGCCACAGAUAUCAGAAUACAGGCCGAGGAAAUUUUGAAACUCAAAGGCCAAAUAAAUGCACUAUACGCCAAACACACAGGACUUGAUAUUCAACGAAUAGAAAAUAAUAUGGAGAGGGACAAAUUUAUGACCCCUAUUGAAGCCAAAGAAUUUGGAAUUAUUGAUAAAGUUCUGGAACAUCCACUGCAGGAACAAACAGAGACACCUGCAAGUACUGAAAAUCCAACAAGUACUAUAAUAUGAGAAUGAAUAUAUAAAUAAACAGCAUGAUUGACAAUGGGUGGGUAAUAUUUUAAUACAUCUGUUUGAACGAUUGUUGAAAAAGUUCUUUUUAAUAUUUAUUUCGUAUUAAUAAAAAUAUAUAAAUAUAGUUAUUUGCAUAUUUAAUUAUGUUCGAGCCAAGUCUUUUGAUAUCUUAUUCAAUUUUUUAUGAAUACUCAUGUUACUUAUGCAUAAGCGUAACUAAAAAUUUAUGUUUCUGAAAAAAAUAUUACAAACAGUCUCAUUCCAUACAUAAAACUAUCCAUACAUGACUUCGAUAACAUUUACAUUAUAAAAUAUUUAAUUCAUGUAUAAGUAUAAAGCACUCUUUACAUGUGUAUAAUAUAGUUGAAAAAUAUUAUUUAGUAUGUAUGGAAAAAGAAUAUAAAGAGCAUUGUAAAGAAG